GGUCCUUUGGGGGGCCGGUCACCCUGCUUCAGUAGACGCUGUGACAGGGAGCAGGAAAGCAGGAGGGCUCCUCUUGUGGCCUUGGUGCCGGUGCUGGAGGGGAGCAGCCGGGGGGCUCCCCGGGUGUCAGGGUAGCCGAGGAGACGCAGACGCACAAUUGGGGGGGGGGCAGCUCUACAGCAAAGUCAGGGGGUCGCAAGGGACAGGGAGGCCAGGAGAAUCUCCUCAGCCAGAACGGAGUGGGGCUCACUGAGUGGGGCAGGAGGAACUGUGCCCACGGCUGUGCCUCUGUGGUCCCGCCUGGUGGCCUCCCCCUCCCUUUGCGAGCUCUUCUGCCUUGUGGUCACCUCCUGCCUCCUGCACAGCUGGCCCCGCGCCCCUUUCUCCCAUCCCUGUGGGCUCCUGUGGGGUCCUGGCCAUAGGCAGCUUGACCCCGACAAAGCCCGGGAGGGACAGACUGAACCGACUGCAGCAGCCAAGCCUCCCUCGUGAAGCCCCAGUUUCUCUUUCCCUUUCAAUUUAGACGAGGCAGGUUCCGGGUUGAAUGCGAGCUGGGCCUGCUGGCAGGGGUGCUGGGACAGCAGCCAGGGAAUGAGGGGUCCUGAAGAGGGACAUGGAGCCUCCUGGAGGCUGGGAGCCGCCCCCCUGCAGCCGGGCACCCAAGCCUGAUGCCCUGAGCCAGGAAGCCUCCGGUGCCGCCCGACAGAGUCAGCCCUGGAACCAGAGUCCCCCAGAGAGGCCCCCUCCCCGUCAGGCCCGAAUCCCCCCGUCUCCGCUGCCAGGCCGGGGACUCCUCUGACCGUCCUUCUCCGACCCUGCGGCUCCCCAAGGGCUGCUGCUGCCCCAUUUCACGGGGGUGAGCCCCAGGCCCCAAGGGCAGCCCUGGCCGCCCCUCCCCUCCAGCGCUGAUCCUGUGUCCUGCAGGCCCUGUACCUGUUGCUCCUGGGGUUCCUCCCCUGUGCUCUGGCCAUGGCCCCGUGCAAAGAGGAGGAGUACCCGGUGGGCUCUGAAUGCUGUCCCAAGUGCAGCCCAGGUUACCGGGUGAAGGAGGCCUGUGGGGAGCUGACUGGCACGGUGUGUGCCCCCUGUGACCCGGGGACCUACACGGCCCACCUCAAUGGCCUGAGCGAGUGCCUACAGUGCCGAGUGUGUGACCCAGCCAUGGGCCUGGUGACCAGGCAGAAGUGCUCCCAGACAGAGAACACAGUGUGCGUCUGUGACCAGGGCCACUUCUGCGUCAGUGAGGAUGGGGACGACUGUGCAGAGUGCAGUCCCCACACGCCCUGCAGACCUGGCCAGAGGGUGCAGUCCAGAGGCACGGAGUGGCAGGACAGGGUGUGUGAAGACUGCCCUCCUGGGACCUUCUCACCCAGUGGGACCCUGGAGGAGUGCCAGCCCUGGAGCACGUGCGACGGCCCUUUGCAGACACAAGCGGAGCCUGGGACCAGCAGCUCAGACGUCACGUGCUCCUCCCUGCUGCCCGCUGUGGUGGGCAGCGUCUGUGUAGCCGCAGGGGUGUUCUGCCUCCUAGUCCUCGGGAUAAGGAUGAGAAGGAGAUGGACGCCUGAGGGUCCUUCUCUCAAGGAAGACCACACAGGGAGAAGCCAGGAGCUCUGGUCCCUCCAGCCCCGUCGCUGUGAGACCGCCGAGACUGACCCCGACGUGACUCUGUUUUUCAGGGGGACCCACGAAGGCGGGAGUAUCUCACCAGGUCCCGCGGGCCCCACCAGACGUCACCACAGUGGCUAUGGAGGAGACAAUGUCCAUGUCCCCUGGGACGGAAUGACCCACUUACGGAUCGUUGGAUCCUGGAGGCAGACACCCAAGCCGUCCUGGGCUGUGCCUGCUAGAAGGUGCCAGGUCCCCAGGGGCCCUUCCCUGGGCUGACUUCAUACUCUACCCAACACAGCGAAACCGGCCCUGCUCAGGGGUCCUUGGGGACCCCACCCAUAUCCCAUCCAUCUCAUGAAGGGCCCAGAGGUCCCCCCUCACCUCCACGCAGGUGGAGACCCAGCCACAACCCACUCUUGGUUCCAAGCUCCACUCACCCCCCAGCCCUCUAAGCCCCAGCUUGCCCAUCUGCAGGAUGGGCCUGCCGGCACCUACCUCACGGCGACACAGGACCACGAAUCCCGUGUGAUACACAGGCCAUAAAUGGUUUCUCAAUGGGAUUAAGAUUACUCAACCAAUAAACAUUUUUUAAAAUUUGUUGUUAGAAA